CUCCCCUUCAAUUACCCCAACUACAAACUGCAACAUCACUAAGAGACCAGUGAAGAUGUUAUCCAUUUUGAGAAAAGCCCGGCUGAAGGAUAAGGAGAUGCGAAUCCUGAUGCUAGGUCUGGACAAUGCCGGGAAGACCACCAUCGUUAAGCAGAUUAUGAACGAAGAUGUCACUACUGUCAGCCCGACAUUGGGUUUUAUCAUCAAGACAAUAGAUUUUCAAGGAUAUAGACUCAAUAUAUGGGACGUUGGAGGCCAAAAGACCCUCAGAUCUUAUUGGAAAAACUACUUUGAGAAGACUGAUACAUUGAUUUGGGUCGUCGAUGCGACCGAUCGUCUCAGAGUGGAUGAUUGUAGAGAUGAGCUCGCCGGUCUCCUUCUGGAAGAGCGUUUAAUGGGAGCAAGUCUUUUAAUUUUCUUGAAUAAGAGCGAAGUUGAGGGAUGUAUGAAUGAGAAUGAAGUUCGAGAACGGCUUGGCUUGGAUUCUAUCAAAACACAUAAAUGGACGAUAUUACCCUGCAGUGCGAUGACAGGAAAGAACCUGCAUGAAGGGCUAGAAUGGGUUGUACAAGACGCCAAAGAUAGGCUUUUCCUUUAUUGAGUGCUGUGGAAGUGUCUAUGGCUUGCUUUUGACACCCUUUAAUGACCACGAUAUGCUAUUUGUUUCCCUUUUUCUAUUCAUAUUUUCGUACUUAUGGUAUUUCAAUGAUAGCAGAUGCCAUAUUGUUUGGCUCUUAUGGCAUGAUGCGAUCUUACGAUGAAGUUCGUUGGUGGAACGAAAUCAAUGGUGAUGGAUUUUGCACCAGCUCUUCGGCACUAUUUAUAUAUUCUUCACGGAAAAAUCAACCAGGUAAUAACAGUGCAUUUUACAAUUGUGG